CUCCCCCGGCCCACGGCCCGCCGAGGACCGAGCCUCCCGGGCGGAGGAGAGUCGCCGUGGUCAGGCGGCGCGGCGUCCGGACCAGGAUAAAGGCGGAGGCGACUCGGGACGACCGGUGGCGGCGUGAGACCGGAGAACAAGGGCCUUUGGGCCCGGACUCGGGGUGGCGGUGGGGGGGGGGCGAGAGAGGAAAGCCGGAAAUAGAGAACUACAACUCCCAGGAGGCUUAGCGGCCGAGCCCCGGUGGACUUGGCUGUGGACUCUGAUGGGGCGUGUAGUUUUGCGAAGCACUUUAUAACCUAGAGGUUUGCAGCGUCGGGAGUUCUGCGCCGGGAGCCGGGGAGAAAUGGAGCUGGAGCAGAGAGAGGGGACCAUGGCAGCCGUGGGCUUUGAAGAGUUCUCAGCCCCUCCAGGCUCGGAGCUGGCGCUGCCCCCGCUGUUCGGCGGCCACAUCCUGGAAAGCGAGCUUGAGACCGAGGUGGAGUUCGUGUCCGGGGGGCUGGGCGGCUCCAGCCUCCGGGAGCGCGAUGAGGAGGAAGAGGCGGCCCGAGGCCGGCGGCGGCGCCAACGGGAGCUCAAUCGCAGGAAGUACCAGGCGCUAGGCCGGCGCUGCAGGGAGAUCGAGCAGGUAGGUGAACGAGCGGGUCCUAAACAGGCUCCACCAGGUACAGAGAAUAACACGGAGACUCCAGCAGGAGCGGAGGUAACCAUUGCGCACCUGACCGGCAGGCUUGCCUCUGCCCCGGACCUCGUUCCCACGUUCCUCAUGAGGGUGCUGGACUCCUACGGCGACGACUACCGGGCCAGCCAGUUCACCAUCUUGCUGGAGGAUGAGGGCAGCCAGGGCACAGACGCCCCCACCCCGGGCAACGCUGAGAACGAGCCUCCGGAGAAGGAGGGGCUGUCCCCGCCCAGGAGGACGCCGGCCCCCGAAGCCAGCAGCCCGGCCCCCGGCGAGGGGCCCAGCGGGCGCAAGAGGCGGCGAGCGCCCCGGGAGGGACGCCGAGCGGGGGUCCCGCUGACCCCGGAGCUGCCCCCCGUGCAGAUAAAGGUGGAGGAAGACUUUGGCUUCGAAGCGGACGAGGCCCUGGACUCCAGUUGGGUUACUCGGGGGCCAGACAAGCUGCUGCCUUACCCCACCCUAGCCAGCCCCCCCUUUGACUGACACCCCCCCCCCCCCCCAAUAAACGGACCCCGUGCUUUCCUCAGC